AUGGUGAGAGAACCUACUGAAUUAAGAGAUAAGUUGCUCAACCUUAUCCCUCCAGUCCUAAAUGAUGCUGACAAUGAGUUGCUAAUGUGUCAAGUUACCAAAGAUGAAGUUAAAGAGGCAGUUUUUGCUAUGGCUUCCUAUAAGGCCCGAGGCCCCGAUGGCUUCCCCCCAGCCUUCUUUCAGGUGUUUUGGGAGAUUGUGAAGUAUGAUUUGAUUAAAGCCACUAGAGAUUUCAUUCGAACAGGGAACCUUCUAAAUAAAUUGAAUAAUACUUUCAUUGUGUUGGUUCCCAAAGUUCUCGAUCCAAAGCUUAUAACUAAUUUUCGUCCUAUCAGUCUGUGCAAUACAGUUUACAAGAUCUUUUCUUAA